CGUUUAAACGACGUCGAGUUGGCCCUAACCCGCAAAUAUCGUGUUACCAAAAGCAAUUAUCUGAAACUUUUUAUCUUGCAGGAAUCUCUCCCGCCAUGAACACACUCUCUAUCCUCUCCCCUCUAAACACGUUUUCAGUAUUCUCCUUCGCAACAUCGAAACCUUCCUCAUCUUUCAAGUUUCACAUUCUUCCUCAAACCGUAGGCUCUUGCAUUUAUAAACCGCUUUUCUCACCGAAUUCACUUCAAUUUCGAGCCUCAUACAAGUCCCCAAAGUCAGUCUUCUCCGCCGAGCCCGGGCUUUCAGAUGCCGAUGGCGAAGAAGAAGAGGAGGAAGAUUAUAACGACGACGACGAUGAAGAAGAAGUCGCUGAUGAAUACGACGACAUUUCUUGUGGAAUCUCGGAUGAAUUCCAACAAAGUGAAGAUGAAUUCGAAACUUCUGUAGACUCUACAGACGCGUCGACUCGGCGAGAGGAGUUCAAGUGGCAGAGAGUCGAAAAGCUUUGUAAUGAAGUUAAAGAGUACGGUGACGAAUUGAUUGACGUUGACGAACUUGCUUCUGUUUACGAUUUUCGCAUCGACAAAUUUCAGCGGUCGGCGAUUGAAGCGUUCUUGAGAGGCUCUUCAGUGGUGGUUUCUGCGCCUACAAGCAGUGGAAAAACUUUGAUUGCGGAAGCUGCUGCAGUUGCCACCGUAGCGAGAGGACGCCGAAUCUUAUAUACGACACCGCUUAAGGCAUUGUCUAAUCAGAAGUUUCGUGAGUUUCGGGAGACAUUUGGUGAUAAUAAUGUUGGUCUUCUUACUGGAGAUUCUGCAGUCAACAGAGAAGCUCAGGUUUUAAUUAUGACUACUGAGAUCUUGAGGAACAUGUUGUAUCAGAGUGUUGGGAUGGUUUCUUCUGAGAGUGGACUUUUCGAAGUUGAUGUGAUAGUUUUGGAUGAAGUUCAUUAUUUAAGCGAUAUAUCUCGGGGUACAGUGUGGGAGGAGAUAAUUAUUUAUUGCCCCGAAGAAGUUCAAAUCAUAUGCCUGUCAGCAACAGUUGCAAAUGCAGAUGAGCUAGCUGGCUGGAUUGGUCAGAUACAUGGUAAAACUGAGUUAGUGACAUCGUCUAGGCGACCAGUUCCAUUGACUUGGCACUUCUCAACCAAGAAUGCUUUACUACCCCUUCUUGAUGAGGAAGGAAAACACAUGAAUAGGAAGCUGUCACUCAAUUAUUUACAACUUUUGGCUUCAGAAGGUAAAUCGUACAGGGAUGAUGGGUCUAGAAGAAGGAAUUCCAGGAAACGCAGAGGUGACAUGAGCGUCAAUAAUAAUAGUGCCUCUGGACAACCUAAACUUUCAAAGAAUGACAUGAACACAAUUCGUCGCUCACAGGUUCCUCAAGUUAUUGAUACAUUAUGGCACCUUCGGGCGCGGGAUAUGCUGCCAGCAAUUUGGUUUAUUUUUAACAGAAGAGGAUGUGAUGCAGCUGUCCAGUACCUUGAAGAUUGUAAUCUAUUAGAUGAUUGUGAGAUGAGUGAAGUUGAAUUGGCCUUGAAGAGGUUUCGCAUUUUGUAUCCCGAUGCUCUCAGGGAGACUGCUGUGAAAGGACUUCUAAAAGGGGUUGCAGCACAUCAUGCUGGCUGUCUUCCUAUAUGGAAAUCAUUUAUUGAAGAGCUUUUUCAGCGAGGGCUUGUUAAAGUUGUCUUUGCUACAGAAACACUUGCUGCUGGAAUCAACAUGCCUGCUAGGACGGCUGUUAUUUCAUCUCUCAGCAAAAGGAUUGCUAGUGGAAGGAUCCAGUUAACCUCAAAUGAACUACUUCAGAUGGCAGGACGUGCUGGACGUAGAGGCAUCGAUGAAAGGGGUCAUGUAGUGCUGGUUCAGACCCCUUUUGAAGGUGCUGAAGAGUGCUGUAAGCUAUUGUUUGCUGGAGUGGAACCUCUUGUGUCACAGUUCACUGCUUCUUAUGGAAUGGUGCUCAAUCUUCUUGCAGGUGCAAAAAUUAUUCGUAGAUCAAAUGAAUCAGAUAACAUGAAAGCUUUACAAGCAGGCAGGACUUUGGAAGAAGCUAGGAAAUUAGUUGAGCAAAGUUUCGGAAACUAUGUUGGCAGCAACGUAAUGCUUGCUGCAAAAGAGGAGCUUGCUAAAAUACAGAAAGAGAUAGAAAUGCUGACUUCAGAAAUUAGUGAUGAUGCUAUAGACAGGAGAAGUAGGAGACUUUUGUCAGAGGCUGCAUAUAAGGAGAUUGCGGAUCUACAGGAAGAGUUAAAGGCAGAAAAACGCCUUCGAACUGAACUACGUAGAAGGAUGGAGUUGAAGAGAUUCUCUGCUCUUAAAGGUCUUUUAAGGGAAUUUGAAAAUGGCCACUUACCCUUUUUGUGCUUACAAUACAAAGAUUCUGAAGGAGUUGAACACUCGGUCCCUGCUGUAUAUUUGGGGAAGUUCAACUCACUUAAUAGUCCAAAACUUAAGAACAUGGUUUCUUCUGAUAAUUCUUUUGCCCUAAAUGUAGUUGCAGUUCAGACAAAUGGUGAUGACUUUGAAAUUCAAGAUGUUGAACCAUCUUAUUAUGUGGCUCUUGGUUCAGAUAACUCUUGGUAUUUGUUUACUGAGAAGUGGAUUAAAACUGUAUACAAGACAGGCUUUCCUAAUGUUGCUUUAGCUCAGGGAGAUGCUUUGCCACGGGAGACAAUGGGGUUGCUUCUGGAUGAGGGGGAUAUGCAGUGGGAAAAGCUUGCUGGUUCUGAAUCUGGUGGUUUAUGGUGCAUGGAAGGAUCUUUAGAGACAUGGUCUUGGAGUUUAAAUGUGCCAGUUUUGAAUAGUCUUUCUGAAGAUGAUGAAGUGUUACACAUGUCACAGGAGUACCAUGAUGCUGUUGAAAAUUACAAGCAACAAAGAACCAAAGUAGCACGUUUAAAGAAAAAGAUAGCACGCACAGAAGCAUUUAAAGAGUACAAGAAGAUCUUAGACACUGUUAAGUUUACUGAGGAAAAGAUAAAACGCCUGAAGGCUAGAUCAAACCGUUUGAUCAAUAGGAUAAAGCAAAUUGAACCAUCUGGUUGGAAAGAGUUUUUGAGGAUCAGCAAUGUCAUACAUGAAAUUAGGGCACUGGAUAUCAAUACUCAUGUAAUUUUUCCAUUGGGUGAAACUGCAGCUGCAAUUCGAGGAGAAAAUGAACUCUGGCUUGCAAUGGUUCUUAGAAACAAGAUUUUGCUAGAUUUGAAGCCUGCACAACUUGCUGCUGUCUGUGCAAGCUUAGUCUCUGAAGGGAUCAAAGUUCGUGCUUGGAAAAAUAACGGCUACAUAUACGAACCUUCCACUACUGUUAUCAAUGUGAUUAACUUUUUGGAGGACCAGAGAAGUUCCCUAUUGCAACUGCAAGAAAAGCAUGAGGUAGAGAUAACUUGUUGUUUGGAUAGCCAAUUUACUGGCAUGGUAGAAGCCUGGGCAUCUGGUCUGACAUGGAGGGAGAUGAUGAUGGAUUGCGCCUUGGAUGAUGGGGAUUUGGCUCGCCUAUUGAGACGAUCAAUUGACUUAUUGGCUCAGAUUCCUAAAUUGCCUGAUGUAGACCCACUGCUACAAAAGAAUGCAAUGGCUGCCUCUGGUGUAAUGGAUCGUCCACCAAUAAGUGAGCUAGCUGGAUAAAGUUUCCUUGGUGAUAAAAUGGUAUUUGUAAACUUUAAAUGUAUUCUCCACAUGUUGAAUCUUUUCUAAAGCUGUAGCCGGGGUUGGAUACACGUAUUAACAUCUGCCAUCUCAUAAUUCAUUUUUCAGAAUCGUAUAGCAGCUGAAGGAAGACCUAAAUUUUUUAAGGUCAUUUCCCAGUUUUUGAAA